GAAACUUUUGGCAACACUAAUAUCGAAGCUUUAUUACUACAACACUACAAGACUACUUUCUGUAUUUCCAAUGUACUGUAGUUUAGUAAUCCAUGUUUUUUCUUUAGAUUUCACAUCAUUAGAUUUGUAGGGUGCCAGAGCAGUGUUUGUAGAGGCCUGACUUGUUUAUGCUCUUAUCUGCUUUGCCACUGGAGGAGGCGUGGCUAUCUCUAAGUCCAACCGCUGGGAGUGGUUGAGUGUGGAGAACAAAACGAGAGCCACACCGACAGCCAGAAACAACAGAAGAGGUCUUUGAAAGCAGCACAUUCAGGCUUCAAUCUGACCUCGAAGACACGAGUGUCAUCAUCCAUUGAGGAAACCAGGGCUGAGGUUACAGUUGUGCAGGACGUGGUGGACAGCACAGACAGAGAGGCGCGUUCUUUACUGGACCAGAUGGGUGGCUCACUGAGAGAUGGAGUGUUUGAGGUUCAGUGUGAACUCAUAAACAGGAGAGAAGAGGCCUCUCUGAAAGCUCUGAUAGAUGGUCUUCAGAAAGGAAAGCCCCCGGUGAUCAGUGGAAUGGAGAGGAGUCAGGUUCUGCAAGAACACAGAGUGACCGAGGACCAGGUGACCUGCCUGCUCCACAUGGUGAGGAGGAAAGGGGAACGGGCCUGUGAGAUAUUCCUCUACGGCGGUCCUGUUUAGUCUGCUUUGACACUGAAGGGGAUGUGGCCAAGUUUGAAACCAGCGUAUGUGAGAGGGAGUGGUUUGUGUGUGAAGAACAGAGCAAAACCCCCAACGGAAGAAGUCAGGCUUCGUUCCAUUCUCAAAAGACAACAACACAAACACCAAAGACACAAAGACACAAGCUAUGGCAACCAUUGUUGUAACUGUAGUGAAAGCCAUUCCAGCCAUCAUUGGCAAAGGACUGGCCAUUCACAAGCAGUUAAUGCAAGCGAAGAAAAACAAGAAAGGCUGUGUGCGUCUGGCAGAUCGUGUGAAGACUGUGGUGGAUCAGCUGGAGGGUUUGGCCAACCAGGGUGUGAAUGAAGAACUGCUGCAGAAGGCCCUGGAUGAAUUUAAGAAAGUGUUGGAAGAAGCAGAAACCCUCCUGAAGAAGUAUGAAGAAACCAAUUGGUGGAAGCAGAAAUUCAAUGCAGACACCUGGCGGAAAGAUUUUGAGGAGGUGAACAAGCACCUCUGUAUCGCAGCGCACCACCUCUCCCUCUCCCUGCAAGUGGAACAACGGAAAAAUCUAGAAGACAUGUUUAAUGAUUUAAGGAUUCGUAAGGAGAAUGGUGAAGACAUGAAGAUUGAUCAGCAGGAAUGGGAUAAAUUAAUGGCGUCAGUAGAGGAGACCAGGGUUGUGGUGAAGGACGUGCAUGAUGUGGUGGAUAACACUAACCAGAAGGUUAGCGCCAUACAACACCAGAUGGCCAGCGCCCAAAGAGACCUGAGGGACAUCAAGGACCAGGUUGGAACACAAGAAGGUGCUGGGCCCAAGUCAUCUUCAGGAUCAGCAGGGAAAGCCAGAGCCAAAGUGUUUACAUUUCGGGAGAAACUCAUUAACCAAAUUGAAGAGCCGACUCUGAAAAUUCUGCUGGAUGGUCUACAGAAAGCCACACCUGACCAGCCUCCUGUGAUUAAUGGGAGGGAGAGGAAUCAUGUUCUACAGAAUAACCGUGUGACCGAGGACCAGGUGACCUGCCUUGUAGACAUGGUGCGGAAGAAAGGUGAACGGCCCUGUGAGAUAUUCCUCUCGCUUCUGAGUGAACAUGAUAAUAACCUCUACAAGGAGCUUGGUUUGUAAACACCAUUCAAUGUUUAACGUCUCUAAAUAAAUUAUUGAC